ACAUCUGGUCUUCUUACAAAACCGUCGCCCGCGAAAGGCAGGACGCAGUUGGUUGAACGCUAACGGCAGCAUGAAGCUCUACAUUCUUAUAGCACUCGUCAGUGCUGCAUGGGCCGCUUCCGGCAUCCCUGAGCGGUGCCAACUGCCAGCCCGCCCGGGAUCCUGCAAAGCGUCGUUGCUCAGAUGGUGGUACAACGCGGAGGCAGCCCAGUGUGAAAAGUUCUUUUUCGGUGGUUGCGCCGGGAAUGAGAACAAUUUCGAAACCAAAGAGCUGUGCGAACAGACGUGCUCCGAACAUAAGAGCAACCAAAGGCGCUGGAGAAGAAGCAGUAGCACGAAGGAGCAUAUACUUUAUUUCACCGGACCGGUUUGUGAGCGGCCACGCUUCAGAGGUCCCUGCGAGCAAGCUAUCACACGGUUCUACUUCGAUCCCGAAGAAAAGUCCUGCCGUAGGUUUCGCUACAGUGGCUGCCGCAGCAACCUCAACAACUUCCGGACCGAAAAAGCUUGCAUGGAGGCUUGCGCACCACCGAAGUUACCACCGCGAAAGCCUUACUGAAUGAAAUACUGAAUACCAAAAAAAAAAAAAAAGAUAUGCAAUACACCUAGUUUCCAUGGCUCGGUAAAG